AAAACCAAAGAGGGGAUUUGGGUCCAAGCCCAAUAACCGCGAUAGAAAAGGCAGGGGCGAUUUGGCAGAGUUUCCCCUUGUCCAAGCCAUCUAAACCGAUUUCAGAUCUCAUUUCUCACAUCCUAUUUAACAACAAAACCCAAACCCACACCCACCACCACAUACGACGGCGAUAUGGACGGAGAAGACGGCAAACAACAGGCUCACUUAGUGUUAGCAGACAAGCUCUUUCUCCUCACGCUACCGGAUGUUGACGACAUCGAGAAAGUUCGCCUCCGUCAGCAGGUUCUCGACGCCGUCGUCGCCGACGAUAUGGCUACGCUCUAUGAGACUUUGGUUUCGACUGGUGUGUUGGAAUUGGAUCAAGCUCUUCUCGAUUCUAUGCGGGAUAAGAAUGUCCAGGAGUUGAAGAAGAUCGAUGACAAGAUCUCUGAUGCUGAAGAAAACUUGGGUGAAAGUGAAGUUCGAGAAGCUCACUUGGCUAAAUCCUUGUUUUAUAUUAGAAUCGGUGACAAGGUUAAAGCCUUGGAACAACUGAAGGUAACUGAGGGUAAAACCGUUGCAGUUGGCCAGCGGAUGGACUUGGUGUUUUAUACCCUACAAAUAGGUCUUUUCUACAUGGAUUUUGAUCUUAUUUCAAAAAGUAUCGACAAAGCCAAGAAAUUGUUUGAGGAGGGAGGUGACUGGGAGAGGAAAAAUCGUUUGAAGGUGUAUGAAGGCUUGUACUGCAUGUCCACGCGUAACUUUAAAAAGGCAGCUGAUCUCUUCUUGGAUUCUAUCUCAACUUUCACGACUUACGAGCUUUUCCCUUAUGACACCUUCAUAUGUUACACUGUUCUUGCAAGCAUUAUAACAUUAGAUAGGGUUUCCCUAAAGCAAAAGGUUGUUGAUGCUCCGGAGAUCUUGACAGUAAUUGGAAAAAUCCCGCAUCUAUCAGAAUUCUUGAAUUCUCUGUAUGGUUGUCAAUACAAAUCAUUCUUUUCUGCUUUUGCUGGCCUGACAAAGGAUAUCAAAUUAGAUCGGUAUUUGCAUCCACAUUUCCGUUACUACAUGAGAGAGAUAAGGACUGUUGUGUAUUCCCAAUUUCUUGAAUCAUACAAAAGUGUUACUAUUGAAGCUAUGGCAAAGGCAUUUGGAGUAACUGUGGAUUUUAUUGAUUUGGAGCUCUCACGUUUCAUUUCGGCAGGAAAGCUUCACUGUAAAAUAGAUAAGGUUGCAGGAGUAUUAGAAACUAACCGACCUGAUUCAAAGAAUGCUCUCUACCAGUCAACUAUCAAACAGGGAGAUUUCUUGCUGAACAGAAUCCAGAAGCUGUCUCGCGUCAUUGAUCUUUGAAUGUGAUGCAGCAUUUCAUUGUUUUGAAUUUGAUGCAGUUGUUUGAUUUUAGUGCCCAAGGACAAAUUGAAUGUAACAGAUGCAUGAAGCAACUUGGAUUCUGUUUUUCGCUAGUAUUGCUUUUAAAACUUAAA